AAUGUUCCUGAGAACUGCUUCUCCUCUCUGUUCCAGGAUAAGCCCAACACAAUGUUCCGAGCAUUGUAAAUAUUUUCCUAAUUGAUGAGAUGAACUCAUCCAAGAAUCUCCAAAAUGGUGUGCAUUUACUUUGCACAGUCGGAACAGUGACCCUGACUCCCCUCACAAGUUUUGGUUCCUACCGGAAGCUCGGCGAAGCCCGCGGGGUCAGAGGGCGUCCACUCUCGUGCUCGGUCCACGGGCCUCCGCGACUCCGUCCGCUCGGACACCACCAUGCUGCGCAAGCUGACCCUCGACCAGAUCAACGACUGGUUCACCAUCGGCAAGACAGUGGCCAAUGUGGAGCUCCUGGGGUCUCCGCCCACCUUUCCUGCUGGCCCUCCUGGGCUUGGGCCGCAGGCUCAUCGUGCUCAACCCCAGGCUUAUGCCCAGGCCCAGGCCGAGAUGGAGGCCGAGGCCGAGGCCCUGACUCAGGCGGAGGCGAGGAGCAGAGAGGAGGCUCGGCGACCACCCCCGAGUGACCAGGCGGCAUCGGCAGCGGGUGGCAGCGUUGGCAGCAGACAGGCUCAUGCUCGAGCCGUGACCUCCCCGGUGGUUGGCGGGCUGCAUGAGAAAAAGAGCCCUGAAAUGGAAUAUAUAAACAAAUACAGACAAUUAGAAGCUCAAGAAUUUGAUGUGUGCAACAGUGAUCAUUCAAGCAGUGGACCAGGUCCAAAGCAACCUUUAUAUAAAUCAAGCAGUGUGCCGUCUAUCCCAGAAACAAAUUACAAAUAUCCUGAUUUGCCUAUAAUUCGGUGUAAGGAAGAGGUUAUUUCUUUGAUAGAAAGCAAUUCAGUUGUAAUUAUUCAUGGUGCAACUGGUAGUGGAAAAAGCACUCAGCUUCCUCAGUAUAUCUUGGAUUAUUAUAUUCACCGUUCUACAUACUGCAACAUUGUGGUUACUCAGCCACGGAAAAUAGGUGCCAGUAGCAUCGCAAGAUGGAUUAGUAAAGAGAGAUCUUGGACUUUGGGUGGUUUGGUAGGAUAUCAGGUUGGACUAGAGAAAAUAGCGACCAAAGAUACAAAGUUAAUUUACAUGACCACUGGUGUGCUGCUUCAGAAAAUAGUUGGUGCCAAAAGUUUGGCAGAAUUCACUCAUGUCUUCAUUGAUGAAGUACACGAACGUACAGAGGAAAUGGAUUUUCUCUUGUUGGUUGUCCGCAAACUUUUAAGGACAAACUCACGUUUUGUGAAGGUAAUUCUGAUGUCAGCUACUAUCAGUUGUAGAGAAUUUGCUGACUAUUUUGCUGUUCCAGUUCAGAACAAAAUGAAUCCUGCUUAUGUGUUUGAAGUGGAAGGCAAGCCUCACACAAUUGAAGAAUAUUACCUUAAUGAUUUUGUACAUGUUAAUCUUAUGAAGCUUCCUCAACAGCUCAUAGAUGAACCAAUGAUAACAAAAGAAAUGUAUGAAAUUGCCGUUUCCUUGAUUCAGUUGUUUGACGAAUUGGAUAUGAAAGAGAAUGGGGACAAGACCUUGUCAAGUACCAGCUUUGUGUCAGAACGCAGUAGUGUAUUGGUUUUUUUGCCAGGUUUAGGUGAAAUAAACUACAUGCAUGAACUCCUUACAAACAUGGUUCACAAAAGAUUGCAGGUUUAUCCUCUCCAUUCCAGUGUGACUUUGGAAGAACAAAAUAAUGUAUUUUUAACUCCAGUCCCUGGGUACAGAAAGAGUAUUUUAUCUACAAAUAUAGCAGAGAGCUCUGUCACAGUCCCGGAUGUCAAAUAUGUUAUAGAUUUUUGUUUGACUAGAACGCUCGUUUGUGAUGAAGACACUAAUUACCAGAGUCUCCGACUGACUUGGGCUUCUAAAACCAGUUGUAAUCAGAGAAAAGGUCGGGCUGGGCGUGUAUCUAAAGGGUACUGUUAUAGACUCAUCUGCAAGGACUUUUGGAUCAAUUGCAUCCCAGAUCAUGUAGUUCCUGAGAUGCUGCGAUGUCCAUUAGGAAGCACAAUCUUAAAAGUAAAGUUGCUUGAUAUGGGUGAGCCAAGAGCUUUGCUGGCAACUGCUCUUUCUCCACCCAGCCUUGGUGAUAUUGAACGGACCAUCCUUCUGCUAAAAGAGAUAGGAGCACUUGCUGUUAGUGGGCAGAGAGAAGAAGAAAAUCCCCACGAUGGUGAACUGACUUUCUUAGGACGGGUUUUGGCCCAGCUUCCUGUGGAUCAGCAGCUUGGUAAAUUAAUAGUACUUGGACAUGUCUUUGGCUGUCUAGAAGAGUGCCUUAUCAUAGCUGCAUCUCUCUCAUUGAAGAAUUUUUUUGCGAUGCCUUCCAGACAGCAUCUUGAUGGAUAUAGGAAUAAAAUGAAAUUUUCUGGCAACAGUAAGAGUGAUUGUAUUGCACUUGUUGAAGCUUUUAAAACCUGGCAGGCCUGCAGACAAAGAGGAGAAUUUCGUCAUCCAAAGGAUGAGCUUGACUGGGGACGGUUAAAUUAUAUUCAGAUCAAGAGAAUUAGAGAGGUAGCUGAGUUAUAUGAAGAACUGAAAAAUCGCAUCACACAAUUCAACAUGUGUGUGGAUACUCAGAGACCUGUGAUGGACCGUGAAUAUAUCUAUAAACAGAGAUUCAUCCUGCAGGUUGUAUUGGCUGGUGCUUUCUACCCAAAUUACUUUACUUUUGGACAGCCUGAUGAAGAAAUGGCAAUAAGGGAGCUUGCUGGCAAAGAUCCUAAAACAACUGUAGUGCUGAAGCAUAUUCCUCCCUAUGGAUUUAUCUACUACAAACAACUUCAGUCUCUCUUUAGGCAGUGUGGUCAAGUAAAAUCCAUUGUGUUUGAUGGUACAAAGGCAUUUGUGGAAUUUUCUCGUAAUCCAACAGAAAGAUUUAAAACUCUUCCUGCUGUGUAUAUGGCAAUUAAGAUGUCUCAGCUAAAAGUUCCACUUGAACUCAGUGUUCACACCGGUGAAGAAAUUGAAGGGAAGGUGCAAGGAGGCUCAGUUACAAAGCUGAGGAACACAAGAGUGAACGUGGACUUCCAGAAGCAGACAAUUGACACUAUGCAGAUCUCAUUAGAUGCUCUAGAGCAGUCACGAGCAAUUACAAGCCUUCUCUUAACCAUUGAGGUCACUGAGGUUGUAGAAGUUGGUCACUUCUGGGGUUAUAGGAUUGAUGAAAAAAACACAAAUAUUCUGAAAAAGCUAACAGUUGAAAUAAACCAGCUGAAAUUGGUGCCUUUGCUAGUUCGUCCAUAUCCUGAUUUAGUUUGUCUGGCACCAUUUGCCAAUUUGAAUAAAGAAACCUACUUUAGAGCUCAAAUCCUAUAUGUUUCUGGAAAUUCUGUUGAGGUCUUUUUUGUAGAUUAUGGUAAUAGGUCUCAUGUAAGCCUAGACCUUUUAAUGGAAAUCCCUUGUCAUCUUCUAGAGCUUCCAUUUCAGGCUCUGGAAUUCAAGAUUUGCAAGAUGCGUCCUUCUGCAAAGUCUCUUGUAUGUGGAGAACAUUGGAGUUAUGGGGCCAGCCAAAGGUUCGCUGCUUUAGUCAAUGGCUCUGCUCUCAUAGUGAAAGUUUAUUCGGUCGUACACAGUGUUCUACACGUGGAUGUAUAUCGUUACUCUGGAAUUAAAGAAGUGGUGAACGUUCGAGAUAUGCUUGUCAAAGAAUGCUAUGCUGAGUUAGCAGAGGAGUCUUAUGAAUCUAAACAAAGCAAUGAAAUGCUGAAGGAAUUCUUUUCCAAGUCAGUGGAAAAUGCUGCCAGUGCAACUAUACCACCAUCAAUUCACAGUAAAGAGGAUGAAAAGUUUCUGAUCCGAAUAUUGUUAGACAGCUUUUCUGCUAAUAAACUUGGUGCCCCAAAUUGUAAGGUACUACUUCAUGGUCCUUUUAAUCCCUACGAGCUCAAGUGUCACAGUAUGACCCGAAUAUCUAAGUUCAGGUGUGUAUGGAUUGAAAAAGAGAGUAUAAACUCUGUUAUUAUCAGCGAUGCCCCUGAAGACCUCCACCAGCGGAUGUUGGUUGCUGCUUCUCUUUCAGUAAAUGCAACUGGAUCUACUAUGCUACUGAGAGAAACCUCUCUGAUGCCUCAUAUUCCGGGACUGCCAGCAUUGCUUAGUAUGUUGUUUGCCCCAGUUAUGGAACUGAGGGUUGAUCAAAGUGGAAAGUGUUACACUGGUGCCCUUUGUGGUUUGGGGUGGAAUCCAACUACUGGAACACCAGUACUGCCAGAGCAUGACAUUGAGUUGGCAUUUGAUGUCCAGUUGAAUGUGGAAGACAUCGUUGAGAUUAACAUUCUUCGGGUAGCUAUUAACAAGAUAGUUUGUGAUGGACCAAAUGGGUGCAUGUAUCUUGGGCCUGAAAGAAUUGCACAGCUACAAGAUAAUGCUCGGCAGAAACUUUUAGGUCUGUUCUGCAAAUUGAAACCAAGAGAAAUAAUUGUUCCCACAUGGUAUGAAAAAACAUAUGAUUGGAAUCAGGUAGAUCCAAAGCUGAUCAUGGAACAGUCUGACAGGGAGAGCGGAAGAGGAAAACGUACAUUCCUCUAUCAGCUUCAUAAACUGAUUGUAUUAAGUACCUAGAUAGUUCAUCGAAUCACAAUCAAGAUUCAGCAUAAAGGAAGUUAUGUAAAAAUGGGUUUAAGUUCUUUGUACCUUUCUUUUACCAAGAAUUGUCACCAGUGGGCCUACAGUCCACUGCACUGGAGAGGGGGACAUCCAAGGGCUUCCACAGCUUGUAAGGGGGACUGGAGGUGGGAAUAGGAUAGUGUAGUGGGAGCAUGGGAAAUCCAGCCUUUCCAUAAAAAAAUGAAAAAUCAUUGUAGAAAAUAACUUUUUUGCCAAAGCUGUUCAGAAGGAAGAUUUGUUUAAAGAAGAGCUCCUAUUUCCUUUUUACUCUGCUGCUAAUUCAGGUAGUAUGAGGUGGACAGAGUAGCUAAUAUUCUGUGUGCUCUUCUGAAAAUGGGGGUAUUUUUCUGUUGUUUCAGCAGUUUAAAGGCUUAUUCAAGAUACAAGGCCUAGGAAGCUUGGGUUGUCAUGAGGGGAAGUCUAAGUGAUGUUUAUGGCAUAUUCUAAUUUUUGUUUUGUGAGGAAGAAAACUUCUGUUUUGUAUACUUUAAAUGUUUAUUCAGGUCCCCCUUCUUAGGUCACAUAUGAUGAAGCAGAGAGUACUUUUCACCCGAUAUAGCUGUGUUACAACAAUAAAAGUUAUGAGGUAAAGUCACUGGUGUUAACCAUUUUUUAGUCAGAGAAGUACAAAUGUUUGCAACUUUAAGAAAAACCAAUAAGCAGCAACAAUUAUUCAGUCAACAAACAUGAAAUACCAAAGGCCAAAUAUCCCACAGUACCUGUCACCAUGGAACUCGAUAUUUAGAUGGAGGAUGAGACACAGAUAACUAUAACGAACAACAUUACAUAAUAAUUGCAUUAGUGCCGCAUGAAGUCUAAGGUGGAAGCUCAUUAAUUGUUGCACAAAAAGCUUCAACACAAAUUUCUUUGUAACAACCAGCUCCUAAAAGAGUCUUGCUUUUAUAAAAAAAAAAAAGAGUUUUUCCUUCUGCUUUUCUGAGAUAUAUCUGUUAAGUAAAAGGAGAUGUGCUUACAAGGGAUCAGGAGUGCUGAAGAUGGUAGCCAGGAUACUAAUCAUUGUUGUUCCCAAAUGUGACUUCCCUCUAUUUGAAAUCCUUAUUUUUCCAUGUAUUUACAUAUUGCCUGCAUUGUUUGAAGCUGUCAUUACGUUGUGGUUAGACCUAUCAGCAAAAAGACAGAAAGGGACUUGGAAAUAGGAUCAAGAUUGUAGUAAGAAGAAUGAGCAUAAUUUUGUGAUGACAUGCAUGCAGUGAGCAGUGUUGUUAUGCUGCUCUGGUUAAUUGACCAAUAUCAGUUCUCAAAGUUCUCCCUCAUAAAAUAGAAGGUAAAGGGACUCAAAGAACACUUUUCCACUCUUUAGUUUACUUAGGAGAUUGAAAUAUUCCAGACUGGAAUCCUGUUAUGUGUUAGAAUAUUAGAGAGUAGAAGAAUGAAUGCUAUGGGGGGGGAGCGAGGAAGGAAGGAGAACUAAGGCCUUUCCUAAGACAAAAGAACUGGAUGUUUUGAAGAGGAAGCAGCUCCUUAUCUUCUAAAAAAUGAUGAUGCACAUGCACAGGUUGUCAGUUGAAAAAUCAUUCGGUGUCUGAGGAAGAAGAAAUGAAUAGUGCUAGCUGGCACCUCCUACCUGAGGGAGACUGUUUGAUCUGACAGCAAUAAUAAAGCCUGUUGUUUUC